AUGUCCCCGACCAACCCCAACCCCCCUCCUCCUCACCCCCACUUCCCCACUUCCCCCGCCUCCCUUCCUCCCCUCCCUGCUUCCCCCCCCCCUCUCAGCACGUUUUUCCUGCGCGAGGUGGCGUUGACGCGGCGAGUGCAGCACCCCAACAUAGUGCGCUUCCUGGGUGCCAAGACGGACGCCAUGCCCUUCAUGCUCGUCACUGAGAUGCUGCCCAUGGGCGAUCUGCAUGACUACAUCCAGUCCAAGUCGCCUCUGGGCGCGCGCCAGAUCCUGCUCUUCGCCCUUGACAUUGCUCGGGCAAUGGAGUAUCUGCACGGGUUGUCUCCGCCCAUCGUGCACCGAGACCUCAAACCACAUUUCCUCCCAUCAGUUUCCUCCCAUCAGUUUCCUCCCAUCAGUUUCCUCCCAUCAGUUUCCUCCCAUCAGUUUCCUCCCAUCAGUUUCCUCCCAUCAGUUUCCUCCCAUCAGAUCCUCCCAUCAGUUCCCUCCCAUCAGUUCCCUCCCAUCAGAUCCCUCCCAUCAGAUCCCUCCCAUCAGUUCCUCCCCAUCAGUUCCCUCCCUCAGUUCCCUCCCCUCAGUUCCUCCCCUCAGUUCCUCUCCCCAUCAGUUCCCCUCAGUUCCUCCCCUCAGUUCCUCCUCCCCUCAGUUCCUCUCCCUCAGUCAGUUCCUCCCUCAGUUCCUCCCCCAGUUCCUCCCCUCAGUUCCUCCCUCAGUUCUCUCCCCUCAGUUCCUCCCCUCAGUUCCUCCCCUCAGUUCCUCCCCUCAGUUCCUCUCCCCCAUCAGUUCCUCCCCUCAGUUCCUCCCCUCAGUUCCUCCCCUCAGUUCCUCCUCCCCUCAGUUCCUCCCCUCAGUUCCUCCCCUCAGUUCCUCCCCUCAGUUCCUCCCCUCAGUUCCUCCCCUCAGUUCCUCCCCUCAGUUCCUCCCCUCAGUUCCUCCCCUCAGUUCCUCCCCUCAGUUCCUCCCCUCAGUUCCUCCCCUCAGUUCCUCCCCUCAGUUCCUCCCCUCAGUUCCUCCCCUCAGUUCCUCCCCUCAGUUCCUCCCCUCAGUUCCUCCCCUAAGUUCCUCCCUCAGUUCCUCCCUCAGUUCCUCCCUCAGUUCCUCCCUCAGUUCCUCCCUCAGUUCCUCCCUCAGUUCCUCCCUCAGUUCCUCCCUCAGUUCCUCCCUCAGUUCCUCCCUCAGUUCCUCCCUCAGUUCCUCCCCUCAGUUCCUCCCCUCAGUUCCUCCCCUCAGUUCCUCCCCUCAUUCCUCCCCUCAGUUCCUCCCCUCAGUUCCUCCCCUCAGUUCCUCCCCUCAGUUCCUCCCCUCAGUUCCUCCCCUCAGUUCCUCCCCUCAGUUCCUCCCCUCAGUUCCUCCCCUCAGUUCCUCCCCUCAGUUCCUCCCCUCAGUUCCUCCCCUCAGUUCCUCCCCUCAGUUCCUCCCCUCAGUUCCUCCCCUCAGUUCCUCCCCUCAGUUCCUCCCCUCAGUUCCUCCCCCAGUUCCUCCCCUCAGUUCCUCCCCUCAGUUCCUCCCCUCAGUUCCUCCCCUAAGUUCCUCCCUCAGUUCCUCCCUCAGUUCCUCCCUCAGUUCCUCCCUCAGUUCCUCCCUCAGUUCCUCCCUCAGUUCCUCCCUCAGUUCCUCCCUCAGUUCCUCCCUCAGUUCCUCCCUCAGUUCCUCCCUCAGUUCCUCCCUCAGUUCUCCCCUCAGUUCUUCCCUCAGUUCCUCCCCUCAGUUUCCUCCCCUCAGUUCCUCCCCUCAGUUCCUCCCCUCAGUUCCUCCCCUCAGUUCCUCCCCUCAGUUCCUCCCCUCAGUCCUCCUCCCCUCAGUUCCUCCCCUCAGUUCCUCCCCUCAGUUCCUCCCCUCAGUUCCUCCCCUCAGUUCCUUCCUCAGUUCCUCCCCUCCUCCCCUCAGUCCUCCCCUCAGUUCCUCCCCUCAGUUCCUCCCCUAAGUUCCUCCCCUCAGUUCCUCCCCUCAGUUUCUCCCCUCAGUUCCUCCCCUCAGUUCCUCCCCUCAGUUCCACCCCUCAGUUCCUCCCCUCAGUUCCUCCCCUCAGUUCCUCCCCUCAGUUCCUCCCCUCAGUUCCUCCCCUCAGUUCCUCCCCUCAGUUCCUCCCCUCAGUUCCUCCCCUCAGUUCCUCCCCUCAGUUCCUCCCCUCAGUUCCUCCCCUCAGUUCCUCCCCUCAGUUCCUCCCCUCAGUUCCUCCCCUCAGUUCCUCCCCUCCCCUCAGUUCCUCCCCUCAGUUCCUUCCUCAGUUCCUCCCCUCAGUUCCUCCCCUCAGUUCCUCCCCUCCCCUCAGUUCCUCCCCUCAGUUCCUCCCCUAAGUUCCUCCCCUCAGUUCCUCCCCUCAGUUUCUCCCCUCAGUUCCUCCCCUCAGUUCCUCCCCUCAGUUCCACCCCUCAGUUCCUCCCUCAGUUCCUCCCUCAGUUCCUCCCUCAGUUCCUCCCUCAGUUCCUCCCUCAGUUCCUCCCUCAGUUCCUCCCUCAGUUCCUCCCUCAGUUCCUCCCUCAGUUCCUCCCUCAGUUCCUCCCCUCAGUUCCUCCCCUCUGCUACCGGGAUGAAGUUGCUGGCACCGCAGGAGGUGGCAAGAAAGUAUGCUCUCAACGUGCGCCCAAUCUUCAAAGCCCGCACGUACCCGCCACAUGUCAAGGACUUCAUAGCCACGUGCUGGCACCAGGAUCCAUUGCAGCGCCCACCUUUUUCCAGAAUCCGGCCCUUCCUGGAACAAACUCUAGAAGCUCUAGGCCCCUCGCCUCUCUCCUCCCUCCGCAACGCCACCUCGCACCCCACAUCAUCUGCGCAUGA